AUGUCACGACCACGGCCACGCCCUGCCCAUACACAGGGCAUUACUCGCUGCGCUUACACACCAGAUGGUACGAAGCUGGUGACCGUGGGAUCAAAUAACACAAUCCGGCUGUACAAAACCGGCUUCGACGGCGAGCCUACGAACAUCGACGAGUGUCAAGAACAGAAUGUCAGCGUAGUAACGAACAACGAGUUCUUCGUGGUCGGCUCUGAGGAUGGUACCGUGAGCCUUUACUCACUCGAGACAAAUGCCUUCGAGCGCUUCCUGCUGCGAACUUCCCUGCCUAUUCGCGACAUUGCCUUGUCACCGGACAGCAGAUGGUGUGCAGUAGCCAGCGAUGAAUUAUCAGUCAAGAUUGUUGGGACUGAGGACAACACUCAGAUGCGCCACUUGAAGUCGCACGGCAAACCCACCAAGCACCUGGCCUUCGAUCCUAAGGGAAGCAUGAUUGCUCUGUCUUGCACAGAUGGCGUAGUCUAUAUCUACUCCCUGACAUCUGAAGAGCCGGAAUUAAUAAGGAAGGUGGAUGGACUAAUUGGUAGUCUGGAAACCGAAUCUGAGGCGUCUUCCAGAGUCGUAUGGCACCCAGAUGGCAGAGCGUUUGCUGCGCCAACUCCCAUCAGAGACAUCCAAGUCGUGUCGAAGAACGAUUGGGAGAAGCAACGAAGCUUUGAAAAUGGCCACGAGGGCGAUAUAACAGCCGUUUCAUGGUCACCAAAUGGCUCAUUGCUGGCAACCGCCGGAAAGGAUGGCAAGAUUUUAAUCUGGGAAACCAAGACCCAGAGUAUUGUUGCGAGAUACGACUAUGCCAACGUUAUAGACUUUGCUUGGCAUCCAACAAACAACCUGGUUUCUUUCACUAACUCCGAGGGUGAAGUCUACAUCUGCCCCGAUUUCAUUUCUGGCCAGUAUUCAUCACUCUUACGACUUCCCAAGCAGCCAGCGCCCUUUAUUCACGAUCCUUUGGGUGAGAUUUCGGCAAACGUGCGAAAACCACAAGUUAAUGGGAUUAAUGGUCACAAGUCUGGCUUGCCAGACCGUCGAAGAGGCAGCCCAGACGAUUUAGAUUCUUUGCUGGAUGAUGGGUUUGUCGAUGUCGACGAUGAUUUUGUGGUAGAUGAUGAUGGAGCAGGCUACACGAUCAACCCUCGCAAGCGGCCUCAUGAUGAUGACGAUAUAUUCGGCGAACAUGAUAGCAAGCGGGCGAACCUUCUCCAGCCCCAAUACCAUGAGUCGUUCCAGCCUGGUUCAACCCCCUGGCGUGGCAACCGGAAAUAUCUCUGCCUGAACCUGAUUGGUUUCGUUUGGACUGUUGAUCAGGACUCGCAUCACACGGUUACGGUCGAGUUCUACGAUCAUGAGCUUCAUAGGGACUUCCAUUUUACAGACACUUUCCUCUACGACAAAGCCUGCCUCAACGAGAACGGCACCCUGUUUUCAUGCCCUCCAAAGGACGAUGCCCCCGCAACAAUCUUCUACAGACCGCAUGAGACAUGGACACAGCGAAGUGACUGGAGGACACAGCUGCCCAAGGGUGAGGCCGUCCUGGCUAUGUCGCUGAGCGAAUCAUUCAUAACCGUAACAACAACCGCGAACUACGUUCGUGUCUACACGCUGUUUGGUAUCCCCUACCGUGUGUACCGUCCAAAGAACACACCCAUGGUAACCUGCGCUAGUUGGCGAGAUUAUGUCUUGACCAUGGGGAACGGGCCUGUGGGUGCAGACGGUAACACCAAGUUGCUGUACACCAUCGAAAACGUCAAGCGGGAUGAGAUCUGCCAGAAUGAAGACACGGUCGCUCUGCCGGAUGGUGUCACUGUUAAGAGUGUUUUCUUCUCAGAUAAUGGGGACCCCUGCAUUUACGAUUCGACGGGAACUUUACUGACGCUGUUACACUGGAGACAACCUUCCAGAGCAUCAUGGAUCCCGCUUCUGGAUACCAAACUACUUUCUCGCCUGGCUUCUGGGAAGAAGAGUGAAACAUACUACCCGAUCGCCGUUGCCGAUGACAAGUUUCAUUGUAUCAUCCUCAAGGGAGGCGAUCAGUAUCCUUACUUCCCUAGACCCUUGUUAUCCGAAUUCGACUUUUCUAUUCCCUUGACAUCGACGCCACCCAAUGCCAAGGUAAAUGGUCGCGACGACAACGAGGAUGUAGAUGCGGAAGAUGAAGAAGGAGAUGACGAGAGCGAGACUCGGAAACUCGAGCAGCAGUUCAUGCUUAGAGGUAUCCAAGCGGCGCAGAUGCAAGAUCUGGUCGAGUCGACGGCGGCUACACACAACCAAAAGUCAGCGCUGUCUAGGCUGGAGCUCGAGAUCGACAAGACCCUGCUGCAGCUUCUCGCCAUUGAGUGUCGCGAGGGGGAGGACCGAGGCAUGAGGGCCCUGGAGAUGGUUGAGCUCAUGAAGGACCGAACGGGACGAAUGAUUGAGGCGGCUGGCAAGGUGGCCGAGCGCUAUGGCCGCACGAUCCUCGGGGAGAAGAUCCGAGAGGUUGGUGAAAAGCGGCUAAAUGGGAUGGACGAGGACUUUUGA